AUGGCUUCAUGGUGCACUGUAGUAGGUUUUGCCCCUCUGAUUAGUUGUCUCUAUGGCAUUGAAUGGAGAUGCAUAUGGACUGAUCCUGUUCAAGUCUUGCAUUCCCAUUUCAAUUCUGAUUCAAUAAUCCCAUUGAUGAAUCUUUUAUAUUUUUUAAGUGGGAGAAGAGAAAGAAUAUGCAAAAGAGGGAAAAUUGUGAAAAUGAUUGUGCUGGAAUUAACUUCAAAAGAUCUUACAGUGAGAUGUGCAUUGUUUGGGGACUAUGUUAAUCAAGUAAAGCAUUUUCUUGCCUCUGGCUAUGUGGAGCAGCCUGUUGUAGUCAUUCAACUUGCAAAAGUCAAGUUCUUUAGGGGUCAAGUAGGCCUUCAAAAUGUGAUGUAUGCCACUCAAAUGUUAUUUAAUCCUGAUCUUCCUGAAGUUGUUAAAUUCAGGCAGAUGUUAGCAUUUAUGGCUGAGCAAGGUGUCAAUGGUACCCAGCCACUGUUUAUUGCAAAUGAGUGUAAAGUUGUCUCCUUGGAAGAUGAUUUCAUGCGUUUAACUAGAAAAUGCACUAUUGAAGAGCUUCAAGAUAACAAUCAGGAGGGUUCUUUUAUCAUUUUUGGUACAAUCCGAGGUAUUGUUAAGGAUGGAGUUGAAUAUCAUAGUGGGGAGGGUAUUUUCCUUCUCUUUGAUCGUGAGGCAUCUUAUUUGCUUAAGAAAUCAUGUGCUGACUUGUUUACUGAGAUUCAAAGAGGUGCAAGUCUUGUAUGUGGGGAUACUUAUCCUCCCAUAUUCCAAGGGCUUAUUGGAAAGAAGUUACUGCUGAAGGUUGAUACCAAAGGUAUCCCACAUGAUACAUUUUAUGGCACUUUUCGAGUUAGGAGAAUAUGUGAUGAUCCCACCAUUAUUGCCAUGUUUGAACUUCUUGAUUAUGAUGCUGAUGACGAGAGCCUGAUUUACACAAAUCUGUUCCCUAUGGAAAAGGGGAUAUUGGAGGUGUUGUCCCACGUUCUCCAUGCACCGUCCCAAUUUGGAGAGAAGCUUAUUCAUGAAAAUGAUGUUGUGACCUCGAAGGGGAAGAGGAAUUUGAAUCCCCAAUUUGAAGAGGCGGCUGCUGAUGCAGAUGGGCGUGGGUUCAAGAUUACCAAGGUUAAUGGAGUUUGA